CCAAAACUAGAGCAUGGAUCCGUUUCCGAUUCCAGUUGCUUUGCUGUUCCUCUGCUUCUUCAUCACAUUCUCCUCUUGUACUGAUAAUCAAGUUGACUUCACAGGUGAUGUUUCGGUCAACUGCGGCUCAACAGGAGCUUCUGCAGCACGAAACGGUCGCCAAUGGAUCGGAGACCUACGCCCUGAAUUCUCCCUAUUUCUGCAGCUAAGAGGCUCAUCAGCCGCAUCAGCGCCCCUCCAUCGCUUGAGCUGUGCUGAUCCAGUUCCGCACGAGACGGCUAGAGUCUCCCUUUCGCAAUUCUCAUAUGCAUUUCAGCUCAAUAAAGGUCAGAAAAUUAUCCGCCUUCACUUCAAUCCUACUCAAUACAGUGGUUUCAAAGGGCUCAGAGAUUUUUUCAGCGUUGAAGUUGGACCUUUUACCGUGCUCAGUAACUUUAGUGCUUCACUUACUGCUGAUGCUCCUUUUGCUAAGGAGUUUUGUUUGAGCACUCGAGAAAAUGAACUACUCAUCAUUACUUUUUCUCCUGAAAGUAGUCGAUAUGCAUUUAUUAAUGGCAUUGAGAUUAUAUCUGUGCCUGCAUCUCUUUCCUACUUUGGAGGUGAUGAAAUUGGACUCCGAGUUGUUGGUGAGAAUUCCAUGGUUUAUGUUGAUGAUAGCACCGCACUUGAGAUAGUCCAUCGGCUACAUGUCAAACAGGAACCUGCUCAAUCUGCUGAGAGUUUUGAUGGCGUCUUUCCCAAAUGGGCUACACAAAGUGCAGACAAGGUCAGAUAUAGAACGUGGAAAGUGCCGGUGGAGGUAGGAUUCAGGUACUUGAUCCGGCUUCAUUUCAAGAACGCAGGCGUUGGUGGUGCAAUGUUUAAAAUCCUUAUUAAUGAAAUAAUAGCUGAAAUUGUGAGGGGAAAGGAUCGAGAUAAUAUUGUCUUGUAUAAGGACUACAUGGUGGAGAUGAAAGGGCGGAAACAAAACGGCAGACGUGAGAUCUUGGUUUCCCUCCAAUCAUUUGGUGAACUUGAAGUUCUUGCAGGAUUUGAAAUAGUUAAGCUGAGCAAUCCUGACAACAGUCUAGCUAGUCCGAACCCCAUGCCUCCACCUCAGGAGCCACGGUCUCGUAUUCUCCAAAUUUUGAUCUCUGUUCUUGGUUAUCAAAAUGCAAGUGCAACUCUUGCAAUAGCUGCAAUAUCUCUAUUGAGUAUCAUUCUUCAUGAACUGCGGGAGAUUUGGGAAUCUAGGAGCACCGAGGAUGAACACAAGCCAUCAGCCAAGGCUGAGAGACUUUGUCGCCGCUUUUCACUAGCUGAGAUCCAAUUAGCCACUAGAAAUUUCGAUAGUGGACUUCUAAUUGGAAGGGGUGGAUUCGGUAAAGUCUACAAAGGCUUCAUUGAUAGGGGACAAACAACAGUUGCUGUAAAGAGGCUAAAGUCGAAUUCCAGGCAGGGGGCACUUGAGUUUCUUACAGAGAUUGAAACACUCACCGAGCUUCGACAUAUCAAUCUUGUCUCUCUGAUUGGUUACUGUAGUGAGCUAAGGGAAAUGAUUCUUGUUUACGAGUUUAUGAUUUCUGGUACACUGGCUGACCACCUCUACAAACUUGGAAGGUACAACAGUAAUCAUUCUUCUCUCACCUGGAAGCAACGGUUGGAUAUCUGUGUUGGAGCAGCACGAGGACUUGAGUAUCUUCAUACUGGCAAUAGGGUCAUACAUCGUGAUAUAAAGGCUGCAAACAUUCUUCUUGAUGAAAAUUUUGUAGCCAAGGUUUCAGAUUUCGGCUUGGCUAAACCUGAAGACAGGUUGCGGAGCCACGUAAGCACAAAGGUUAAAGGAACAAUUGGGUACUUAGAUCCAUAUUAUAUCAACACUCAAAAGCUUACCAGGAGAAGCGACACAUACGCCUUUGGUGUGGUUUUGAUGGAAGCAUUAUGUGGGAGACCAGCAAUUGAUUCAUUUGCAGUAGAGGAUGAACGGAUUCUGACCAGGUGGGCUCGAGAUAAGAUUGGUAGGGGAGAAGUUGAUCAGAUUGUUGAUUCUUCCCUCAGAGACGAAAUCUCGGUUAGCAGCCUGAAAGCAUUCGUUGAGAUUGCUAAUAAAUGUUUGCAUGAUGAGCCAGAGAAAAGGCCUACCAUGGCUCAAGUUGUGGUACAACUUGAGUUUGCACUUGAGCAGCAAGAGAGCAAACAACAAUCUGAUCACGUUGCUGAUGUUGUCUAUCCAUCUAUUGAUGAUAGUCUAUCCUCCGAAAAUACUGCGGUGAAGACAUUAACAUCUCCUACCAAACAGACUCCAACUGACCAAGGAGAUGGGAAGAAACCAAAAUCACAUCUUCCGUUUAGAUCUUUCUGGAAUUGGGGUGUCUUCAGGAACAGGAUAAAACCAUCUAAAAGAAAAGAAAUAAGAAGCCUAAUAUCAGAACUUAAUGCAUCAUGCAUUAAAUUGCCAAAGUUUGAUCUGACCACCAUUGCCACCAUGACCAAUCAAUUCUCCCAUUCAAAUGAGAUUGGAAGCAGUUAUCAUCGAGCUUCUUGGUUUAAGGCUUUAUUACCUACAGGGAAAACAGUUGCAGUUAAGAGGUUUCGUUUACCAUAUUUUGAUCUCGCUGAGUUGAAAAACGAGAUUUUUCUGGCUUCUGAGCUCAACCACUGGAACAUCGUUAAUCUUCUCGGAUACUGCAUUCAUGAAGAUGGAGAGGCGAUCUUACUCUAUGAUUACAUGGAACAUGGCAGCUUAUUUCAACAUCUCCAUGGCUCGAAAAACUCCCCAUUAACAUGGAAACAACGACUUCAAAUAUGUAUAGACACUGCCAAGGGAUUAGAGCAUCUUCAUUCUGGCUCUGAGCACCCCAUCAUCCACCGCGACGUUAAGUCCAGCAAAAUCCUAUUGGAUGAGAAAUGGAUCGCCAAACUGUCUGAUUUUUCCCAGUCAAGAGCAGGGCCCUCAGCUGAGCGUGGCACCCAUUUUACCACCAAUGUGGUAGGAACCUUUGGUUACCUGGACCCCGAGUACUUCCAAACUUCUCGGCUGACAGAAAAGUCUGAUGUAUACUCGUAUGGUGUGGUGUUGUUUGAAGUUUUGUGUGGUAGGAAAGCAAUUUGUAAAAUCUCAGAAACAGAGCCAAGGUCCUUGGCAACCUGGGCGACAUCAUGUUUCAGGAAAGGAAAACUUGAAGAGAUAGUUGAUUCUAGCCUCAAUGGCGAUAUUUCUCCUGAAUGCUUGAAGAUAUUUGCUGAGACAGCCAUUGCAUGCGUGGAUCUUCAAGGGGUGAAUCGGCCAGCUAUGAGAGAUGUUGUUCGAGCUUUGGAGUCUGCUAUGCAUCUGUAAGAAUCAACAGAAAGUUUCACCCCUUAGGUUCCUUGUUUUCUUAGAUUGAUGACAGUGAAGUGAAACUGACUGUAACUUUGCUGGAAAGUUUCUGAGUCUCAUGAAAUUAUGUAUCAGUUUGUUUUUUA